AGUCUGACCGCUGCACAGAGCCUUCUCCAGCACGUCCCAGAGGUUCUCCAUGGGGUAAGGUCCGUGUGAAAAUGACGUCUCAUGCUCCCUGAACCACUCGUUCACUAUUUGAGCCCGAUGAAUCCUGCCAUUGUCAUCUUGGAAAAUGGCUGUGCCGUCAGAGGAGACGGAAUAACCUGGUCAUUCAGGUGCUGAAAGCAGAAAUAAAGCAUAGCUGGCAUAUAGGUCAGACUCUUAUUUUGAAAAUUUUCACUAUUUUUAAAUAACCUUUCCUGUGAACUGGAAGUAACUUUAGCCAAAUGACACGACCACUCCUCUCCCAACCACAGCGAGACGAAGCAGGAAAACUCACGUCUGAAGACCUUUAAGGUGUCUUCACAUUCACUUAAAUGUGAAAUGAUCCAUCAGUGAAAGAUUAGUGUGUGUGUGUGUGUCCAGGGAUAGAGGUGUGACUUGGUUCUGAGACUGGGUCAGAACUCGGGUUGGGUCCAGAUGAAGCAGAAAGACAAACAUGUGCCACAUGCCAAAGAGCUCAGCCUUGUUCUAUUUCUGCUGCAGAACUCCGUCACAUCUUUAUAAAGCAGCUGAACACACGUCCGUCUCUGGAAUGCUGCUGGAAUUAUCCAGGGUGUGUGUGUGUGUGUGUGUGUGCCGGGGGGUAUAAAAGCAGCAUGGGUCAGGUCUUCAGCCAGACUCAGGAGCAGCAGAUCAAACCCACAGGAUGUUGUGUCCCAGCGUCUUCCAGCCGUCCUCGUCCUCCAUGAUGCCCUUCCUGGACCUCCACUGGCCUGUCCGCAGCCUCUGGCCCGAUACCCGACCCCUCUUCUUCCAGAUCGAGCAGGAGAUGAUCCAACACGUGCAGCUGAUGAGGCAGAACAUGGAGUACAUGGAGAGGCUGCAUCAGAAGAUCUUUGAGGAGAUUGACCACAGCUCCUCCCUCCCUGGAGACCUUAGGCCCAUCGCCUUCCAGGACCUGGGGGGCGGAGGAGGCAGCUUCGCUCUGAGCCUGGACACCUCCGAGUUCUCCCCUGAGGAGCUAUCGGUCAAACAGGUGGGCAGGAAGCUGAGGGUGAGCGGCAGGACAGAGAAGAAGCAGGAGGAUGGGAAGGGCUCCUACUUCUACAGGUGUCAGGAGUUCAGACAGGAGUUGGACCUGCCAGAUGACGUUGACCCCCAGACCGUCACCUGCUCUCUGGUGGAUGGCCGGCUGCAGAUUCAGGCUCCCCGAGAGAAACGGCAUAGCGACGGGAAGGAGAGGAUCGUUCCCAUAAAUGUCAGCUCAGCUCCGGCCAUCACGUCCUCGUCCUCCAGCGGCGGGACGGCAGGGAGCAGCCCACCUCCAGAGAAAGACCUGGCUGAGAAAAACUGAGAGGAGCGAAGCGUCUCGCUUGAUAACAAGUCUGUCAUCGACUGCUUCUGUCUGAGGACUUGUGUUUGUGAUUUAACUCAUUAUGACAUCAUCUUUUGAUGACCCGCCUGAGUCCUGCUGCUGGUCUCAGACCCCCCCCCCCCCCCCCCCCCCCACCGUUUAAAUUAGCCUCCUCCUCUUCUUUCACUUUUAAUUUGUGAAAUUAGUUUUAUCACAUCAACCAUCUUGGAUCCGACAUUCUGGAUGAGCCAGGAAACGAAAACUACAAAAAACCUUUGAUGAAUCCUGGAAAAGUAGAAUUCCCAGUAAAGAACAUUCCAGACCCAGCAGGAUAAACAUUUCAGGAUUAUUAUAAAAUGCUUUAGUGAGAAUACAAGAAGAGCCAGAGCACCCACCAACAAUAAAACAGCAGCUGUACACGUUUCAUUGUAAAAUAUUUCUCAAUAAACGUAUUUAUUCACAAACUGCUUCA